AUGGCUGGACAUGCUACUCGACAAAGUAGCGCCAUCCAGCCUUCCAUCCCAGCCUGGAGAAAAAGAAUCGAGGACCGUAUCGCAAAGGCAAGAGCUCUCAUCGGCAGACUGAUAUGCUUCAGAUCAGGCAAUAACAGGCCAAGAAUUGUGCGCACCGUCAGGAUGGCGUUUGCUGGGACAAAUGUCAGUUUGUCCCAGCCGGAUAUAACGCAAAAACUGAAGGAGCGCAUAGAUGAUCUGAAGCAAAAAAUCGCUGCUUGGGGAAAGCGGAUUCGGCGAUAUACCGAGAGGUCGACACGGUUCAACCAGAAUCGUCUCUUCCAGAGUGAUCUCUUCCAGAAGUGGCUCUAUGAAUCAUUGGUGCGACCAAUGGUAAGUGGAAAGGGCCCAGCACCGAAUCAGGCCGACACUGUAGCAUUCUGGCGCGGCCUGUGGUCAGAGCCCGUAAACCACAGCGAGGGCCCUUGUACGGAAGUUGCGGCGAGUCAGUGUGCGAGUAUAACGCCCAAUGACCCCGUCAUUAUAACACCGGAUGACGUAGCUGAGGCGGUCCGUAGGGCCCCGAACUGA